AUGGAGGACCCCCAGGCAAAAAAGAGUGUUACAGCUUCGGAUGCAGAAGAUUUCGUCCAAAGGGUACUCGAAAAGAACGGUGUACCUUCGUCAAAUGCCUCUAUAGUAGCCAAAUGUCUCGUGGAAGCUGAUCUCCGCGGGGUUGAUACCCAUGGGAUAAACAGAAUCCCAUCAUACAUAGAACGCAUUCGCCAGGGGGUUCUGGACCCAAAGGCAUCUCCAUCGUUAAGCCAAGUUACUCCUGUGGUUGCCCGCAUUGACGGACACAAUGCAUUUGGCUUCAUCUCUGCCACGAUGGCGAUGGGCCGUGCUAUCGAGAUGGCCAAAGAGUAUGGCAUCGGCAUGGUCUCGGUCCAUAACUCAAACCACUUUGGAAUGUCUGCAUCGUUCGUCCGGCAAGCUGUGGAUGCAAAUAUGAUGAGCUUUGUUUUUACAAAUUCUUCACCUGCUCUGCCGGUCUGGGGUGGAAAGGAGAAGCUGAUGGGCGUAUCUCCAAUAGCAUGCGGAGCACCCUCUGGCCCGAACUCUCCUCCGUUUAUUUUGGACAUGGCACCCUCUGUCGCAGCCAGAGGAAAGAUAUACAAAGCUCAUCGCAGAGGGGAGACUAUACCUGAGGGCUGGGCGUUGGACGCGAACGGCUCGCACACUACCGACCCAGCUGCUGCUCUCCAGGGAGUAAUGCUACCGAUGGGUGGUCCCAAGGGUUCGGCUCUCUCUAUAAUGAUGGACGUCUUCUCUGGCGUGCUUUCCGGGUCUUCGUUUGCUGGAAAUGUCACUGGCCCAUACGAUCCAUCGAAACCGGCUGGCGUGGGACAUUUCAUCAUGGCCUUGAAGCCUGAUUUGUUUCUGUCUCUAGACGAGUUCAAGGAAAGGAUGGACUACCUUUAUCAGCGCGUCGUGGGCUGUGAGAAGAUGCAAGGUGUUGAAAGAAUAUACUACCCUGGUGAAAUUGAGAUCAUCACCUCAAAAGAGCGGGCUAGGGACGGCAUCCCAUAUGCCCAGGCAGAGAUCGAUGCUUUGAACAAAGAGGCGGACUUAGUAGGCACUGGUCACAUUGUAACGAAGGGGUAG